AUGUCCAUGCGAGUACUUUUUCCGUUCCUUCUCAUCGUGGCUGUUGUGUAUACUUACGAAGACUCAAUGAUUCCUUCACUGAGUCUCCAAACUGCACCUUUGGAAAUGCAGCCUGAACAAGCAGACUCUAUUCAACAGAGACCAAUAAUGAUUCAAACGCGACGAUCACGUACGAAGCUCGAGUGUAUUCUGAAUUUGCGCAGUUUCGAGCUGUGUCGGAAUUUAUUUUAA